ACCUGCCACUACUCUUGCGCAGCCACGUCAUGUAAACUGAACUACUGGACUGUGUGGGUGCUUUGAAUAAAUAGCAUGGCAGCAAUAUAACCGUGAAUUUUGAGAAGCGCUGGCAAGUUUUCGUCGACUUCUGUCGCUACAAUCCUGUUGGAUGUACGUGUGACCCAGAAGAAGAACAUCGAAGGCUCACUAACUGUCAAAAUGUCAGAUAUUGGGGACUGGUUCAAAAGCAUCCCAACUAUCACCCGGUACUGGUUUGCUGGGUCAGUUGCGUUGCCAUUAAUCGGAAAGUUUGGUUUGAUCAGCCCAAUGUAUCUCGUUUUAUGGCCCAAGGACUUCUUUCACAAAUUUCAGUUAUGGAGACCGGUGACUGCGACUCUGUACUUCCCUGUAGUUCCAGGGACGGGCUUCCUCUACCUGGUCAACCUCUACUUCCUAUACCAUUACUCUUCACGCCUCGAAACAGGAGUAUUUGAUGGCAGACCUGCUGACUAUCUGUUCAUGCUGCUCUUCAACUGGAUUUGUAUUGUCAUCACUGGGUUAAUAAUGGACAUGCAGCUUCUGAUGAUCCCGCUGAUCAUGUCAGUCCUGUAUGUUUGGGCCCAGAUCAACAGAGACAUGAUUGUGUCUUUCUGGUUCGGGACCAGAUUCAAGGCCUUUUAUCUUCCCUGGGUAAUUUUGGGCUUCAACUACAUCAUUGGAGGCUCGUUUGUGAAUGAGCUGAUUGGGAAUCUGGUCGGCCAUCUGUACUUCUUCCUGAUGUUCAAGUAUCCCAUGGACCUCGGAGGCAGGACCUUCCUCUCCACCCCACAGAUCCUAUACCGCUACUUCCCCAACCGGCGAGGAGGAGUGUCUGGCUUCGGCGUACCACCCAGCAGACGAGCGGCGCCUCAGGAGCAGGCUGGGGGAGGGGGUGGGGGUGGGGGCGGGGGCGGACGCCACAACUGGGGUGCCGGCUUUAGGCUGGGGGAUGAAUGAGGUGCCAUACGCAUACGCAGACCCACCCAUACCCACUGCGGAAACUACCACCCACACACCCUCUCCUCUUCUCAACAUGGAGGGGUUAAAAGACUGAGACAUUUGACGUCACUGAUGCAUAACAUGAUUUUUUUUUUUUUUCUGUCCUUCCUUCCUCCCUCAGACUGUAAAGAUGAUAUGAGGUGUCAUAAGGGUUGCACUGCCACUUCCUAUCAUUCUAAUGUAUACAUUACAUGCUUUCCUCCCCGCACUCUCAAGGCUACUACAUCUGGGUACAUAAUACAUUUGCCAUACAAGUGUACAGUCCGCUUUGAGAAGUUGUGAUGUAGGAGUGGACAAGCCCAUUUUGUCUGCACUCUCCUUUUCGUUCCUUAUCCCCGUUUUUUUUGUUUUGUUUGUUUUCUUUAUUUGCUGUUGUAAGGCAGAGCCUGAGGACCUUUGGUCUUUUCUCUGACUUUUGCUCCACUUGUUCCAUCCAUAUGUUCUCUUCUGAUUUUGGCAUUGCGCAGUCCAGGUACAUCUUUGAAGGUUUGUACAUAUGGAAGGUGUUUUUUCUUUUUUUUUUAAGGAAAUCAUUUUGAAAAUAGUGGAUGUAAAAAAUGACAUGCAAACUAAAACACAUUUUAGAAAAUUGAUUUGAAGCACUGAGUUGAUGAUGAAAGGGUGUGGAAAGCAAAUGAAUUGUUAAGUAUAAAAAAGAAAAAAUGAAAAGUGACUGCUUCCUGUCGAUGAGGAAAAUUGUGUAGUAUAGCUUAUGCAGAUGAUGGUGCUGCUGGUUAAUCGAGUCGAUCUGUGUCCCCCUGUCCUUUCCUGUGACCACCAGCCUCCUGACAUAAGGCUCAACAUCAAUGAUCGAGGGGAUUUUUUUUUCCCCAAAGGUCAUUCUCCUUUGCAAUCGGGAUGUUUAUUGGGUGAAAGCCCUCUAAAAGUUGUUCUGCGCUGGUUGAGAGUGGGGGGAAUUUAAUAGUUUUCUCCAUGGAGGCAGGAUGACACUUUAGACAAGAGGACAGAAGCCAUAGAAAAGGACGGGAGGGCAAAGAUCGACUGGGACCCCAAGUGGGUUGAAGUGCUGUGUCUGGCACCGUGUGAUUCUGCUGUGGGUUUCUCUGGUGUCGUCGGUUGUCCUCUCAUCUCCGAUAAUAAAGGUGCCUCUCGAAAACCUACUGCAAAGGUCGACGGGUCUCUGCUCCUUUGGGUUUUUGUUAACACAGGAUUACAACGGCAUGCCACUCUGUUUGGAAGUGGAUAUCCACAGAACCAACAGCUUGCCAAAAUCUUUUUUUUGUCCCAAACAGGAAGAACAAUAAAACAUGCUAUUUUGAGAUUAAA